UCCCCGGCACGGUCCCGGCGGGCGGCGGAAGCGAGCGGUUUUAAAGGAGCUGUGCUGGGAAACCUCGUAUUUGAGCCAUCUGCUUCUCAGUCUGGUUUUGGUAGGAUUGCUGCUUUGCUUUGUAAACCAGAACCCUUGAAGAAGCAUCCCUGCCUCUGCCAGUGUUCCUGCUGGUUCCUCUGCCACUGAGCAUCCAGGUUGGAGGCCUUACAUUGCUGUCCUGCAACAGCCAAGUGGUUGCAGCUUCCUUCUGUGCUCUGUGAGAAGAACAGACACCCUCUCCUCUAGGUUUGAACUGAAACAAAAAUCCCAGCCUUCAUCAUGGGAGGUAUCUGGCACAUUGGGUUGAUGGUACUUGUGUACAUCUGGUUUCCCAAGAUUGCUGCUCAGAAUCUCGUAACAAACCCCAGGGACCAGAAAACAGAGCAUAGCCUCUUGAUUAAUGAAGUCAAUGCUGACAACCCAGGAGAGGACACUUCUGAGUUCAUGGAGCUCUAUCACACCAGUGGUCAAACAGCCUGCUUGGAUGGCUACUAUCUGGUCUUCUACAACAGCAAUGGAAACCGAGCAUACAAAGUUUUGAACCUCCAGGGUAAUGUUACUAACAGCCAAGGGCUCUUUCUCGUUGGCUCGUCUUCUGUGAACCCUGCUAUAGUUAUUCCGAAGAGUGCUAUCCAGAAUGGCCCUGAUGCGAUUGCUCUGUACUAUGGAAAAAAGAACUAUCAAGAGGGUAUGAGCAUCACAAAUUAUGGACUAGUAGAUGCCUUGGUCCAUAAGACUAAGAAGACAGACAGAGCAGACACGCUGGUCAGGGUGCUGACCCCUGGCAGAGAUGCUUUCUUGGAGGACCCCACCUUCAGGACUGUGGAUGAGUCAAUAGAAAGGUGCCGUGGGGCAGAUUCUCAGUGGAUCUUCCAAGUGGCUGUGCCAACCCCAGGCUCAGACAACCACUGCAUCCUAACUUCUCAGCUGAACGCAUCCACUGUCCUGAUCAGUGAGGUCCUUGCUGCCUCUUCUUCUGAAGACUUUGAGUUCAUAGAGCUCCAGGGUCCCCACUCCACCAUGCUAAGGGACAUUGUUCUGGUGCUGAUUGACAGUCGGACCAAAGACAUUUAUUUCACCAUAGAUGUUUAUGGCAAAACCUCACUGGAUGGGCUGUUUCUGAUUGGUCCAGCACAAAGCAAAACCCCAGUGGAUCUGCCAUUCCCGGAGAACACCACCCGUCCUGUCCUCAGGGGUGGCCCCAGUGCCAUUGCUCUCUACAGGGGCAACAGCAGCAUUUUGGUCCUGGGGAAGGUGCCGCCAGUGACUGGCCUGAUAGAUGCCUUCGUGUACUCAAGCAACGACGAGCUGAACCCUGAGCUGCUGGAGAUCCUGACCCCUGGCAGACCUGCCUGCAAGAAACCAUGGCAGCAGCUGGGAGAAGUGUCCAUGAGCCAGUGCAACUGCUGCUCCAUGAUCCGGGAUUCUUUGUCCUACGUCCUCAGCAGACCCACACCUGGCAAGUUCAAUGACUGCCCCAGCAAACGCUUCAGCCAGACACUCUCCUUCUGCCUUCUUGUAGCAGGUUGGAUAUUAGUUAUUUCUGCUCUUAUAGGCAGGUUGGUUUUUUGUUUCCUAAAUUGCCAGGAGUGGCUCCUGAAGUUGGAAGAGAUUCUGAUUACUCUGGUCCAGGCCCUUGAUGAAUCGUGCAGCUGUGGAGUCUCUGCUGCAUACUUCAAAGAGCCAAGGGUAGCCUGCCAGGACCUGGGGCUUGUGUUCACCACUCUGCUAACUGGUAAGUCAGAGGAUCAGCUGAGCAGCCUGCUGCUGGCAUUUGGGACCUUCGUAGAGACACCCAGACUUGUGAGUUUUGGCAGAAGGAACAUCAUAGCAGAAAGCUCCUGCUUCAAGGAUAUUGAUGCACCAGACUUGCCUCCAGAGAUACCAGAAGGGACUCAAGAGCCGUCUGUGCAAGUGCCCAAGCUACUCAUUAGCGAGGUGAACCCAGACAACCCAGGGGGAGGAGAGGAUGCAGAGUACAUCGAACUCUUCUACACUGGACAGACACGCUUUGACCUCCAGGGAUACUGGCUGGUCCUCUACAAUGGUAAAAAUAGCCAGGCCUACCGGGUGUUGGACCUGUCUGGACACCACACAGAUGAGCUGGGUUACUUCUUGGUGGGGAGCAGCACCAUGAGCCCAGCACCCAUGAUCAGGCUGCCCCCCAACACCAUCCAGAAUGGGGCGGACGCUGUGGCUCUCUACUACAGCAACACCACCCUCUACGCGGUGAACAUGGCUGUGACUGCGGAGGGCCUGGUGGAUGCCAUGGUGUACACAUCCCGAAUGCCAGAGAAGGCAGACCAGCUGCUCGCAGUGCUGGUACCAGGGCAGAGCAUCCUCUAUGAAAACAGUUCUCACAGCACCGAGGACGAGUCUCUGAGCCGCUGCCACAGCCUGAGGACUAAACUCCAGAGCAGCUUCCAGGUGACCGUGGUCACGCCGAUGCGGGAGAACUUGUGCAGCAGCUCCUCAGCGCUGGUCCCUUCUGCUGUCUGCAUCAGUGAGCUGUGCCUGGGCAGCAGCACUGCCCACUGCCACUUCGUGGAGCUGGAGGGGACGCCUGGCAGGAGCCUGGCAGGGCUCAGCCUGGUCGUCUUCUCAGGGAAGGAGGGCAGGCCACUUGCCAGCAUCACUCUGAGCGGCACCAUCGGAGCCACAGGGAUGUUGGUGUUUGCGCUGGAAGGAAGGCGCAGGCACGAUGGGACAAACCUGACUUUCAAGGACAUCUCUGCUGCUAGUGAAGGCUCCAGUGCUAUUGCUGUGUACAGCACCAGCUUGAUUCUUGGUGGCACAAAGGCAACAUCAGAGAACUUGGUGGAUGCCUUGGUUUAUAGCUGUGAGCCCAGCACAGCUGGAGGACUCUUGGAGUUCCUUGGACCAUCUUACACUGUGCCCUGCAAGGAUGACAGACUGUUCCACAUGGACCUGCACCACAGGAGGAUGCUGGAAAGCUUGAAAAGGGUCUUGGUGAGCUCCCUAGAGGAGAAGUGUUCCUGCGGCGUCUCUGAGCUCUACCUGCAAGAAUUGAACCUGACGUGCAUGGGCUCCCUGGUGACGGUCUGGAGCCAGGUGUGGGCUCGGCAGCCAGAGCAGCAGCGCUCCAUUGAGACCUGGUGCCAGGGCUUCCUGGCCAGCCCCCACCCCUUCACAGUGGAUGGCAGCAUGCUGAAAACCAGCCCCGAGCGUGUCUCUCCCAAAGCCACCCCCUCCAUGUCACACAGCACUGCUUCCUUCCAGGACUGGGAAAUCGCCUUGUUUGUUGUGAUUCUCCUGCUCGUGUUCUCGUUGGUUGGCCUGGCAUUUUACUUCAUCAAAAGGCACCCCCAAAACUACACCAACAUCGAAAUGAGUGACCGCGGGGAGAUAGCAGCAGAAUUCUAA